AUGACCGGCAAGUCGGGCGCGGUAAGACGCUUCAUCGAUCCGAACAACCCCGUGACCACUGCUCUUGCCCAGACAUUUGGUGGUUACGGAGCAUACAGGAAAGUCAUCAAAGGCAAAUCAGGUCGAGCGAGGCAAGAGCCUGUCGACGCAUACGGCCAUGGCCCGAGAACAGACAUCGUUAGCGAGAAGCUGUGCGACGACGUGCUUCAAUAUCUGGCUCCAACCUUGAAGCCUUACAAAGGCUGUACCAUAAUCGACAUUAAUCCUGGUCUCUGUAUGUGGAGCAAGAAGCUUCAUCAUCUCCUCAAACCAAAAAUCCACGUCUUGAUGGAACCAGAGGAAUUAUAUGUCGACACCUUCAUCAAGCCACUUUUGCAACAGCCGGGAUCCACUUUCAAGCAUUCGUCUCUCUGUGGCACAAGCUCGGGAGAGUUCCUGGACAACACGAGAUCUCUUUUGGAUACUGUCGACUUGUUGCCAGAGCUAACCAAGCGUGAGAUCGAUGAUCCUGGAUUGCGGCAGAAUCAUCCAUCUCUGCUGAUCACAGGCAAUCUUGCGAGGAAGACUUCCCGGGGAAAGGGGAUGGUGGUCAAUGUCGUAUCUACUGCCCAUAAUGUGGUACAAAAUCAUAUCUGGACGUCUCUCAGCAACGAAUUGCUUCACAGAGGUGGCCUGGCACGAAUGCUCUGGUGGAUUCCGGACCACGAGAAAGGCAUCAUGAUACCCCAGCGCAAUCAGUACGUUUCCGGAUAUAGUGUAGGUCUAAAUCUAGGCGCACAGGUCUCCGAGGUGGUGGGCGUCAAACCGGGAAUCACAUACUAUCGCAAAGGUGGAAUGCGAGAGACCGAUAUAAAGCUCAACGAGAGAUCUGACGGGAUCAGUAUCGAGAGUGCUCGGCAGGUGCGGGCCAGGAUGAAACAAGCAGGUGUGCGGCUGCCUACACAUCGCACGCAGCUCCAACCCCAAGAUCUUGGACCGGAAUCUCGAAAGAAAUUGAAGUCACCAUUGGAAGUGUACUACCGUUCUUCCGUAGAAGUUGAGAAAGGCAUUGAUGACCUCGAGAGCCGAAGCCAGGCAGUACUCGCUGCAGUAAAAGAGUCGAGAAGUGUCUAUAGGCCGGAGAAGCUCUACUCGGCGCUGGACCAUCACCUCAAGCGUAUCGUAUAUCCACAAAGUCUAUGGCAACCAACCGAUGAACGAGAAGUAAACAGAGGGAGAUUAAACCGCCAUUUGGGCGGUGACACAAAGGGCAAGUACGACAUGUCUGGUGGGGCCUUGUACGGCAGCGAGAUGCGCGCUGCAUUGAUCCUGGACCUGUUUCUGUGCAUGGUCAAUCUUGAAGCUCACUACUGCGCGAUGAGGGAGCAGGGUGAGAAUUUCGACGCCCUCAAAGACCGACUCAUCAAGCUCGACGAAGCGAUGCGCACUAGCUACCAGCGGGACAGUCCAAACCUCCAGCAGCCGAUCGAGCUCAUGCUAGACGACAAUAUAUCAUUCUUCUCUUCACCACAAAGUUUGGCUCACGACAGGCGACCCUACGAGGCAUUGCAGGCAUCAACAGAAGAUUUCUGGCCUAGAUCUAACAUGGCGCUGCUCGAUAUCGUACCCCAUCCGCGCGAUCUGGCAGUACCGGACAUUGCGACGAAACUGGAGGCUACCAAGGCAGCGCAGGAUCUGGUCAAGUAUCUGUUCAUGUACAAAGCAGCAACUUUACCCUGGGCUCUCGACAGAAUGGCCGCGAAUGCUGCUCAAGACUUGUUGCCGAAUGUACCGGCAGUCACUGAUCCAAGGAAGGGAGGACGACUGAAUCCGCACAACGUGCGAAUGCGUGUACUGUCCGAUGACAUGCUGGAGGGCCUCAUCAAGGCCUGGUUUGAGUGGCCUUUCAAGCCAGAGACAUGGGAAUUGGCACUCGCCGCUGGAGGAAGUGGUGUACGUGAUGCGAUUGCUGAGGAGGAAGAGAUGACAGCGGAUGUGACUGAGGCGUAA